AUGAAGACUGGCAUUGUGACACUGGGGAGAGUACUUGAUGCUGAUACAGUCAACUUCUAUUCCCUGACCAUCAUUGUUGAGGAUCAUGGACUACCCUCACUGACUUCAACUGGAACUCUCAUCAUUAACGUGGAAGAUGUGAAUGACCAUCAUCCGAGAUUCAGCUCAGACAUUGGCUACAAAUCUUCCCUUCUGGAGCAUACGUCAUCAGCAAAUGCAUCAGAGACACUAACCCUUAAGCUGGUGCCAGCGUUGGCCGUGUUUGAUGAUGACAUCACAAGCAAUGCCAGUGAUAUCCGCUUCAGGCUAGAUGGUAAUGAGUCAGGAAAAUUCUCUGUCGAUGAAGUGUCAGGAGAAAUAACUGUGGCAGCUAAAACAACCUUCGAUUCUGACACAAAGAACAAAUAUUUGCUGAAGUUGAUUGCGGAAGAUGAGUAUGGUUUAGGACUUUCCUCGGCCACCAUAGUAGAAGUGUUUAUCGAGGACAUCAAUGACAACGCUCCAGUCUUCAAUGAGAUGUAUGUCUUUAACGUCACGUCAUCAGCUGUGAUUGGAUCACAGGUUGGAAGAGUGAUGGCCACCGAUGCAGACUCUUCACCUCAGAAUAGUGCCAUUCUGUACUUCAUCGAAAGUGGUGGAUAUGGAAAAUUCAGAGUAGAUUCACAGACAGGUUUGAUACGGGUGUCAAGCAGUCUUGUACAGGAACCAUUUAAAGAUGCCUAUGAGCUGAACAUCACAGCUGUUGAUUUGGGAAACCCACCUUUAUCAUCCCAGACAACUGUUCAAAUUGUGGUAGAUACAUCUGAUAACAAACCAGCAGUAAUUGCUCCAUCUCAAAACUUCCACCUCCCUGAAAAUGCAAGCAUUGGAGAUGUUGUUGGUCUGAUAUCUCUUGGAAAUGUUACAUCAGAUGACUUGGAAUUCAGGCUGGCUAUGUCAAAUAUUCCCUUCAAAAUGAAUGCAACAAGUGGAGAAAUACUGCUAACAUCCUCAGUGGAUCGCGAACAGACAGACGAGGUUUCAUUCACAGUUGACAUUGUCAAUCAUGGUGUCCCCACCUUCACAGUCACCACAGAGGUCAAGGUGACCAUUGAUGACGUCAAUGAUAACUGGCCACAGUUUUCAGCUCCUGGAGGAUACAGAGGGGUGAUUGUGGAGUAUACAGAUACCAUGAUGACAGAUGGUUUGGUGUCACUGAAUCAACUGAUCCAUGUGACAGAUAAGGAUGUAACUGAAGUGAACCGCAAUGUGAGCAUCUCCCUGUCUGGAGUGGGAGCUGACCUGUUUGUCUUGGAUGAAGCCAAUGGAGAGAUCCGGGUGAAACAGCCACACCUGCUGGACUUUGAGCAGACAACCGUCUAUAAUCUACAGCUCACAGCCACUGAUUGUGGUGGAGGAGGAUUGAGCACCUCGACAAAUCUGACAAUAGAAGUAGAAGACGUCAAUGACAAUGGACCACAGUUCGAGCAGAAUUACACAUUUUCUAUCUCCCCGUCCGUACAGAUGGGUUCGUCAGUUGGAAACAUAACGGCGGUCGAUCUGGAUUCAUCGGAGCGGAAUAACCAAGUCACUUACAUCUUACUGAGAGGAGGAUUUGGAAAGUUUUUUAUUCACCCAGACACAGGGGAGAUAACCACUACUGAUUCACUGACACACGAACCUCCCAUUGAGAAGUUUUAUUUGGAGGUGGUAGCUCUAGAUAAUGGUUUUCCCAGACAGACAACAUCAACUGUUGUUGAGGUGAACGUAGCUGUCAAUCACAAGCCAACGAUGCCUCUAAAGCAGGAAUUCAAUGUUGAUGAAAAUGUUGUGAACGGCACUGAGGUCGGCAUCGUUAUGGCCAACGACACAGACAUUGUAUCAGGUGGCUGGCAAAAUCUGACAUUCUACAUGGAGGAUAAUACAGUGCCUUUCACCAUUGACGAGGAAACGGGACUCAUUCAGAUAGCUGGUGACAUUGACAGAGAGGUGGAAGACAGGUUCUUCUUCAGCGUGUUUGUCGUGGACAGUGGCACACCUCGGUACACUGCGACAUCGGCAGUUGUUGUGUAUGUCAAUGACGUGAAUGACAAUGCCCCAGUUCUCUCUGGAGGAGACCUCUAUCUGGGAACGGUCAAGGAAGAUGAUGUUUGGGCUAACGGCAGUCAAAUAGUUCAGAUGGGACUGAAUAUCACAGCAAUUGACCUUGAUGCGACCUCUGAGAACCAGCAAGUUGUGUUGCUGCUGGAUGGGCCGGGAAGUGAGAUGUUUUACCUGAACAAUGAGACUGGUACUGUACAUCUGACCAAACCAGGAUCAGUGGACCGAGAGUUAAACGAGACAUUUUAUUUAAGGAUUCUUGCUAUUGACAAAGGGGGUAAAGGGUUAACAUCAAGUGCCACAUUAAAAAUAGAUGUUGAAGAUGUGAAUGACAACUUCCCCAAGUUUGUCCAAUCGGAGUUCAAAUGUACACUGUCAUCAUUGGUGGGGCCUGGUGAUGUUGUAGGAAGAGUUACUGCCCAUGAUGAUGAUGCCACAGAACCAAAUAACCAGUUGCUCUAUUUACUGACCAAUGACACACUAGGAAAGUUCAGAGUCGACAUUAAUACAGGAGAUCUGAUUGUCCUGGAAAGUUUUUUCUCCAGACCUAGACGAGAUGAGUACAGCCUGACUGUGGAAGCCAGAGAUAUGGGAUUUCCAUCACGGACGUCUUACACCAAGGUGACAGUGAGCGCUCCAGAUCUCCAGUACAACGAUUACCCACCCGACAUCAGAAUUACGUCCUUCGUGAUCAAGGAGGAGUUACCCAUAGGAACAAUAAUAGGAAAUCUUGAUGUUGUGGACAAGGACGUGGAAAACACCACUGAGAAUAUUGUCGACUUGGAACUGAUAACAAAUGACAUUGAUCCUGUACCAUUUGAAGUACAGCCAACUGGAUCCAUUGUCACUACUGGUAAAAUUGACAGGGACUCGAAAACUACUGGAAAACGAUAUUUCAACUUCAAAGUCUGUGCUACUGAUAAAGGGACUCCACCAUUCAAUGUAACUCGAGACAUCAGUGUUAUAAUCGAAGAUGUGAAUGACAAUCCACCGACAUUUACUAUGAGGAAAUAUGAACAUAUGAUAUCAGAUAGUUUUCCCACAAGAACAGUUAUAGCAACUCCAUUUGCUUUUGACAGUGUAGAUGAAACCGAUUCGGUCUAUGAAUAUUCAAUAGCGGGUGGCAAAGCAGGAGUGAUUCACAUUGAUAAGUCCACAGGUGUUGUCAUAACAACCGACAAAGCAAAAACACUGAAGCCAGAUACCUUGACAUACACUGUAAAGGCUGUUGACAAAGAAAACAACCAACUUUCAGCUGAAGCCAAAUUAAUAAUCAAAGUCAUCAAGUCUGAAUCACCAUGUAAAUGAUAAAUAUGAUGAAAUAUUUUUAAAAUUUAGUUAACUGAGAAAAACUGUUCAGUAUAAAACUUUGUUUAUAAUACUAAUGUAAUAAAAGUAAAUUUUCACCAA